UGACCGGAAGUUUUGAGUCGUAAGGUGUCUAAUCACACCGGGAAAACUCACUCUCUAACUGGUUACAUGUGCAUGUUUAGGGUAUCGCAGAGAAAAAUCUAGAAAAGAUAUGCGGAGUAGCUGUGAUUCGCUCGAAGCCUGAUGUCCCUGAGGAAGUGCUUGUAAGUCAAGACCAUUCCAAGAUGAGUGGAUUUGGCCAAUCUGGUUCUGGCUUUGGUCAGACAAAUCCUUUUGGACAGAUGAAGCAGACAGGCUUUGGCCAGACACAGUCCUCCAUGUUUGAACAGACUCAGGCAUCCAACUCCACCCAAUCAUCCGUUUUCGGACAAAGCUCAUCGACAGGCUUUGGUCAAAAUCCAGCACCCACACAAACAACAUCUAUGUUUGGACAGAGCUUAUCAACAGGCUUUGGUCAAAAUCCUGCACCUACACAAACGACAGCCGUGUUCGGACAGAGAGCAUCGACAGGUUUUGGCCAAAAUCCAGCACCCACACAAACAACAUCUGUGUUUGGACAGAGCUUAUCAACAGGCUUUGGUCAAAAUUCAGCACCUACACAAACGACAGCCGUGUUCGGACAAAGUGCAUCGACAGGUUUUGGUCAAAAUCCAGGACUUACUCAGACAUCUGUUUUUGGACAAAGCUCCUCUUCAGGUUUUGGUCAGACUCCGGGUCAAACACAGACGCCAUCAGUUUUUGGACAACCACCAACUUCUAGUUUUGGUCAGAGCCAAUCAAGUGGUUUUGGCCAAACUCAGUCAAAUGUUUUUGGUCAAAGCCAACCAACUGGCUUUGGGCAGACCUCAGCAAGCACCACAGCUCAGUCAAAUAUUUUCAUGGCCACUUCAGGAGCUGCAUCUGCCGCAUCCCAGUCCAACCCGUUUGCAACAUCGUCAGUCUUUGGACAAAGUGGGAAUCAGGGGGCAUCUCAAACCACAUCAGGUGGAUUUUCUUCACAGCAUGCUCAAGGGGCGGUGGCUGGGUCAGGGUUUGGGAGCAGCGGGGGCAUGUUUGGUGCCAAGGACUCGAAGGUGACAGGAGCCUCAACCUUCCAGACAUCAGCAUUUGGAACAUCGACAACCCCUACGUCAUCUGCCUUUGGUGGAAAGAGUUCUGUAUUUGGUGGAAGUUCUUCAAAAGCAGUAUUUGGUGCAACCACUAAUGCAUCAGACAGAUCAGGUUUUGGUGUUACCACGACAACUGGUAAAUCUCUUUCGCCUGUGUUUGGAGGACCGCCUGUCACCUCUUCCAUCUUCUCAGCAGCCACCCAGUCUUCUGUCUUUGGUGCCAAGAAAGAGUCAACUCCAGUCUUUGGCCAUUCUGAUUCAGGAAGUGUAUUCGGAGGUGCGAAGAAAGAUUCUUCCUCAGUAUUCAGAGCCCCAAGCACCACCAGGGCAUCCCCAACAUUUGGUGGUGUCGGGAAAGGGAGUAGCACUUUAUUUGGAGCCAAAACAAGUGCUAAAGCGACCUCUGAGAAUCUGUUCAAAUCUGCAGGAUCAAGCAGCAGUGGUCGACAUUUUGGGAAGAAAUCGGACCUUCCUUCCACUGACCUCGUAACGGAGCAAGCUCCUCUGUCGCACACCUCGAGUGCAAGUCAGGCUACUUCAAGCAAGCCGAUCUCAAGCGUGUUUGGCAGCAGUAAGGUGUUCAUGGGUGGGGCAGGAAGCACAGGGGGGUUUCCUGUCACGGGGGGAAGGUCCGGGGGUCAGUCCGGUCCAGAUGAUGAGACAGGGGAAACAAAGCCUGGAGCCAAGACCUUGUUUGGAAAGACGACGUUCAAGUCCACAGCAUCAGUGUUCCGUGAAUCCGAGAAACCGAGAUCAGAAGCAGGACUGUUUGGUGCUCCGAUGAAGAAGGAAUCAGGCAGCGGUCGUCUGUUUGGAGGGGAGGAACGAGAGACUGUGAUGGAGGAAGAUAGGAACAGGAAGAGGAGCAUCCGAAGAGAUGACGAGAGUACCUCAAAGAGAGGCCGGAGCCUGUUUUCCAGUGCUUUGGGUGGUUUAGGUGGGCGGGGCAUGAGGAGUGACAGGACAGAGACCCGCCCCUCUGUGAGUGACAGGACAGAGCCCCGCCCCUCUGUGAGUGACAGGAGAGAGCCCCAUCCAUCCACGUCCAGGUCGAGGGGCCAGGACAUGGAGCCAGGACAGGAAGGAAGUCGUGAGUCAAGAUCCAGCACCACAAUGAGGCUGCGUAGACUGCCAUCAGUAGCGGAGGACGUGACUUCAAAGAUUGCCAUCAUCUGUAAGAGCAUCCCCACCAAGUUCAACAAGGGCUCCAUUCUGCGUAAACAUUUCUCCAAGUACGGCUCCGUGUCCAAGGUGUUCCCAAAUGUCAACAAGAAAUCUGCAACCAUUCACUUCCAUGACCAUAAAACUGCUGCCGAGGCCAAGUCCCGUGGAAGAGUUCUGGCAAAGGGCAUCCCACCGAUGCAGAUCUUCUGGAGUUCCCACUCCCCCGGUGUCGCGAGGUCAACAUCAGUCACAUCUGCAGCUUCACCAGAGGGGUCUGAGACAUCACCUAUUAUGAACAGCGACACUGUUGAAGGUAAGAGUGUCAAGAAGUCCAAGUGGGAUGAGGAUGAGGUGGAUGAUGAACUGAGCAGUAUGGCCGGGACUAGGGACAUACAGAGAGCUGUCAGCAAGAAGGUCGCCCUCCCACGAGACCCGUCACCAGCAAGCUAUGAGAGACAUGGAGCCAUGUCAAGCCACAGCCCAGGUCGGACCUCCCCCAAACCCAGCCCCACCAAGACCACUUCCGACACAGUGUCGCUGAGCAGCCUCCGCACCGCUGUGGCCAAGAAUGUCCAUGACAUGAUCAAGAUUCUGGACCAGCGGGACAAGUUCAUCCGGGAAGGACGCACCAAGCAGUCCAACCUGGCCACAGCGCGGGCGUUCGUGGGGACGUGUAUGGACAUGUGCCCGGAGAAGGAGAGGUAUGACAGGGAGGAGAAGCGCCGACUCGGCAUGUUUGAGUAUGUUCCUGGAUCGGAGAACAUCCCCGGUCAGAAUCCCCGCGCAGAUCACUCCCGUGUUGUGAAAGAGUAUAGCAGAUCGUCGGCAGAUCAGGACGAGCCCCUGCCCCACGAGCUGCGCCCGAUCCCCGUGUUGGUGCGCACCAUGGACUACCUGCUGACGGAGAUCGCGGACAAGGGCACGGACGGACGCUGGAUGGACUGGUAUGGCUUCCUGUGGGACAGAACACGAGGAAUCAGGAAGGACAUCACCCAGCAGCAGCUCAUCAACCGGGAGGCGGUGGAGCUGCUGGAGAAAUGUGCCCGGUUCCACAUCUUCUGCUCCGAGCGCCUGUGUGAGGAGGACAUGCACGUGUUCGACGAGAAGAUCAACAACGAGAACCUGACCAAGUGUCUGCAGACUCUGAAGGAGAUGUACCAUGACCUGGAUGUCAAGCAUCAAGUCUUCUGUCCCAAUGAGGCAGAGUUCCGCGCUUUCAUUGUCCUCAUGAAUCUCAAUGAGGGGGACACACUCAGAGAAGUUCAGACGCUCAGGUCAGAGGUCCGCAACAGCUGGGAGAUCAAGUUUGUCAUCAAGGUGUACACAGCACUCAACAGCAACAAUUACGUGCGCUUCUUCCGUCUUGUGAAGGAGUCAUCUUUCCUGAAUGCUUGCAUCAUCCAUCGGUACUUCACGCAAGUCAGAAGUCUGGCGCUGCAGACGAUGAUCAAAGCUUUUGGAGGGAAGAAAUCCCAGUUCCCACUGACCGAACUUGUGAGGAUCCUCUCCUUCGAUGAUGUCAAUGAAGCAGCAGCAUUCUGUAGUUUUUAUGGCCUGAGAGUUGCCGAUAGCGCUGUCGUAUUGGACAAGAACUCUUUAAUGGUUCCAGAAAGUGCCUAUUCUCCACGCAGAGCUAUAACACUGAUCGAGUCAAAGAGAAUGGUUCCUGUCGGAGAGGUGAUCAGUGGGUCGGCCCUCCCUCCUCUCCAUCUGCCAGAACCUCACUGCAGCUUUGAUGACAACGGCAGGUUCAGACUUGGUCAGGAUAUCCUCAAGUAUGAUGGAGCCAAGGGCAAGAAACAGGUGGAGAAGUCUGUUCCUGAUAAGAAACCCACACCAGUGUCAGCAGUGGUGUUGCAGACACCAGCCUCUCCAUCUACACCGGUGCAGUCUCCGCUAGCCGAGACCACAACCCAGGAGGAGUCGGCGGCAGCAGCAGCAGCAGCAGAGACUGCACAGUUUUCUAAUGAGGCUGUGAAGAUGAUUGCAAAGGAGCUGUUCUGGGAGGUGAUCGAUGAGUUUGUGAAGGAGAUCUCUACAGGCUACGUGAGGGCGGUGCAGCUGUACCUGGAUGCUGGGAAGAAGACAGUGGAGGAGAUUGUUGUCAUUGGUACGGCAACGCUCAUCAGACAGGUGUGUGACGAGGUGUUCACAGAGGAGACAGAGAGGCAGCAGCAGGUGUUGGCUGCGGAGCUGGAGGAUCGUCGAUGUCGGAUGUCAGAGGACAUCUGCCGGGACCUGGUGGAGGACGUCACACAGCAGGAAGCUCACAGUCUCGCAGUGGCUCAAGUCCGGGAGGUUCAAGCCCAGCUGAAGAAGGAACGCGCAGAGCGAUGUACGACAGUGGUGACGGACGAGGUUGUGGAGGACACCCUAGCCGGGCUCAUCCACGAGAUCAGUGGAGAGGUCCAUCGCAUUGAUGUCGUCCAGAGACUUGCUAAACUGGAAGCCAUUGAGAGACAAGUGAAAACCCUGCGUUCAUGUCGCUUCCUGCAGAUCUGGAAGAGGGAACAUGCUAAACGGGUCAAACUGAAGCGGGCGAUGUUGGCGUUCCCGUGUGCCCCGAGCACGCAGGAUGUUCACUCACAGCUGCAGACGCUGUUGCCAGAUCGUUGCAGCGAUGGAGUGGUCAAUGGGAGGAUGUAUGUCAACCAACAGGCAAUGGUUACCAUAGAGACGCCUAUGGCCAUUGAGAAGCGAGACAAACUCUUCAUUGCGAGACACUCGCUGAUCAUGCUGACCCAUCGGCUAUUAAAGGAGAAGGCGUGGCAGCCGUUAGACAUUCCUGCUGUCGCUGGAAAGGAGUUUGAAAAAAUCUUCCUCAAACAGAGGGAUCCAGAGACAUAUAUUGCAGAGACAGCCCCAGAGAUAACAUGGAAGCUGACCGUGUCGCUACCGGACACAGCGGCGGUGACCACAGUGGACUCGGAUGUUGGCGAGCUGGUCAACAAGUGGCUGUGUGCAAAGUUGCAGAGAGGAGAUGUACCUGACAACCCGCAUCUCAAGUACAGGGGCGAGGUUUUGAGUUUGUACCAUUCCAUGGUAAAGAGACAAGGGAAACAACCCCUGCAGGUUGGAGUGUGUGUGAGGACGGUGAUGGGAACUCUCAACAAGAAGGAGGUACAGAAGGUGGAAGACAAGCGCCUCCUGCUGGGCAGUGCUGGAAUCCUCUUCGUCCUUCCUCCGGUUGACGACAACCAAGCUUACUGGAAGCAAGCCACAGCUCGUCUUGCAGGAGUUCUACACGCCAAGCCCAAGUCUCCUGCACUACCACUGGUCAUUGUUUUACCAGAAUCAGCCAAUGGGAGCUUAUCUGUGAGUGAGCUGAUACAGAGGCUAGAGUUAAACAGUUUCCAGGAUGAUGGACUGGUGUCGGUCGUGGACAAACUCUCUCUCCCUGCAGGUGUAGUGGAGCUGGAGGCCGACCUUCCUCAAGCCGCUGACAGGUUGUCGGAGAGUGUCGUGUGGCUGGUUGAACACAUGGCGGAGUUGCCAACGCUGCUGACGGCACGGGUGGAUGACUACGUGGAGGAACUACUACUGCAGGAGUACUUCACCCCCGUCCUGCACAACCUCCGUCGCAACAAGGAGAGACACACACUGCACCAGGCUCCCAACACCCUGAUAACUCUGUACAACUGUGCGGUGGAGCAUCUGGCCGAGGUGGCAUCAGCAGCCUCCCUUGCUACACUCUCCUGUCCGAUACCCGAGUUUGUUUGGUGCUACCAGAAAAAAGAGUUGCCAGCAUCCCACUGGAACACGUCGGAGCACCUGAGUCACCUGUACGAGGAGAUCUCCCUGCUGCAGCUCCCUCGCUUCCGCUACUACGACUACGACUGCAACUCCUGGGAGCAGGUGUGCUCCGACGUGUGGGCCUUCGUCCAGGACGUGGUCAAGCAGAACAAGGGGAAGAACACCAUCCAUCUGGCCACAAGGAUCAAGAGUUUGCUGCAGAAGGUACAGGAGGAAUUUAACGAUGUGUGUUACCUGGUGGAGGGGGAGGACAGGUGUGAACCCACCUACGUCAACAUGCCCUGGACGGAUGUCAUCGACGCCUGCAUCACCUACAGACUCACCUGUCUCCCCAUCAUGGACAAACAUUCACAGGAGCACCCUCCCCGGGAGCUAGUGGUGUAUUACUCGGAGGAUGAGUUCAAUGACUUUGCCGCCCCCGAGUCCUGGAAGGAAGCCAUGUUUGACAGCAAUAUUGAUUGUCUGACAGUUUUGGAGACUGUAGGGAAAGCUGUGGAGAAGAAGCACGAGAAGUGUGCAGCCAUGUCAAAGGAGGAAGAGACCCCAAUCCUCAUGUCCAUGACGGAGGGCUCCUACGAGACAGACAUGCACCGGUCUCUAAUGUCAAAGUGUUCCUCUCUGAUGACCUCCAUAGCAGCAGAGAAGGAGAAGGAUCGCAAGUUUGAGAAGUACCUGGAGUCUGUGUUGCUGGAGGGAAAUGUAGGGAUGGAUGCCGGGAUGGAUGCCGGGAUGGCUGCCGGGAUGGCUGCCGGGAACUUCCUGGCUGCUGCAUCAGGCGGGGCCUGUGACUGGUACCCUGCUGCUGGGAGGAACGCUCAUCAGGCUCUGGGGAGGAAUGGUGUGAAGGGGCCAGAACAGAACUCGGAUACGGAAGUGGAACAAUGUGAGGAGGAUGUGGACAUGACCAUCGGUGGGAGAAUGAGCAGCCUGCAGGACAAGGUGGAUGCUUUCAGACAGGAGAGUCACCUGUUUGAAAAGAGGCUGGAAUUCUUGUUGAAUUCGUAAUGGAGAUUUAGGUUCAUCAGCAGCCAUGUGACUAUGGAGGCGAUGCAGCUGAUGAUGAUGCCGUUGGUCAGGUACCUGUAUCUUCUUUCAUGCUGUGAUCUACACUGGAUGACUAGUUCUCAGUUGGCGGUCAUGUUCAAGCAGUGAUGACACAUCAGAGCGUUAUUCCUUCUAUGACAAAGUUGUUAGUACACAGUGCUUCUCACCGACACAUUUGUCUUUGACACAGAAAGUGCUGAACUAGGAUCCUUCCUGUACCGGUGCAUGAACAGUUUUUGUGCGUUUCAGGUUCAUAAAGAGAUGUCAGUUUUGUACCAGUGUGGAAGCAAGGAAUCAUGUGUUUUGUCAAAUCUAUUGUAUAGUCAUGGACUUAUCAUGUCAUGAAUUCAUCGCAAUAUUCUUGAUUCAUAAUCUCUAAGAUCAACAAACUCACAUAUUCACAUAAGUCAUUUCCAUGCAGUUAUUUAUGCAUAUUGAAUGUAGAAAUGAAUUUGCAUUUGAACAGUAUGUCAACGUGCUUUCAUAUUUUCAAGGUGUUUGAGCCUUUGCAAGAAACACCUUGAAAAUAAAUGUUUUGAACGCCA